GGCAAGUGGACAGUUGCCUUAGCUUCCCAUGUGCUCGGCAAAUUCAGAAGUCAACAUUAAAGAAAUUUAAAUAAAAAGUCUUUGAAAUUGGCACAAUGGGAACGAAAAAGGUGAAAAUCAGCUCGGUGAAGCGGGCCGCUCACCUGAAGUCGAAGAAAACACCGCUGACCAAGCAGCAACAACAAAAGCAGAAACAGAAGCGGGACCAACUUACUUCCAAACGAGAACAGGGCCAGAAUAUAUUUUCUCAAAAGGCAAGAAAACGGGACAAUUUGGCCCAGCGCAAAAAGCACAACAAAUUGGUCUCCCUGGGACUGGAUCCGCUAGAGGACAAUGAGGAGGACGAUGAUGAGGUGUUGGAUAACAUUGCAGACAUGCUGGAUGGCGAUGAUCUUGCUCUGUUACAGGCCAAUAAACGGAAGCGAAAGGCAAAAACGGCCGGCGAGGAAGACCCUGAACAGGGGCAAUCAAUCGGCUUAGAAAGGGCCUACGCCUCGGACACUAAAAAAGAGCAGGCAGCGCAGAAAAUUAAGCUGGAUCUGCUGCCUAUCAAGUCCAGAGAUGGUCAGAUAAUAACCCGCACCACUGAGGUCGAUUACCUGCCAAAGCCCAAGCAGAAAAAGAAGAAUGAAGAGGAAAAGGAGACAGAUUCCGAGGAAGAUGAAGAUGGUGAAACGGAGUACGAGGACAGCGACGACGAUGUGGUCAACGAUGUCGAGGCGCCGUCUGCCGUACCCGUCCAAAAACUCAUCUCCACCACAGAUCUGCUGAUUGCCCGCCAGCAAGAGAUCGAACGCCAGAAGUAUCGCAUUGGAAUAAUUUGCUCCGGGCUUCUCGAGAAGCCAGAGGAUAAGAUGCGCAACUUCCAUGCCUUGUACGAACUAAUGGACGAAGUGAACCCAGCCUCCAAACAAGCGAACCUGAUGUCGGUCAGAAAACUGGCUAUAAUCUCUGUAACCGAGAUCUUCAAGGACAUUCUGCCCGAGUAUCGAGUGGGUCAGGUUGAUACCAAGAUGCAAACGUUGCGGAAGGCCACCCUUGAUCGUGUGACCUUUGAAAAUGCCCUACUUCAGCAGUUCAAGAAGUUCUUGCAGAAGCUGGAGCAGAUAACGGCGCAAGUGAACAGAAGAGGUGGGCUAAGGACGCCUCAGACCAUCAAGCUGGCCACCGUUGCAGUGCAGUGCAUGUGUGAUCUACUGGUGGCGCAUCCCUACUUUAACUACGUCCAGAACAUUGCACAGUUGCUGGUGUACAUGCUGAACAGCAACUACCAAGAUAUGAGAACGGCAGUCAAUCAGUGCUUCCGCUCAGUCUUCGCCAACGACAAGCGUUUGGAGAUGACCCUCUUCAUAGUCCGGCGCAUCAACCAUUUGAUUAAAACAAAGCAAAACAAUGUCCAUGUCGAAUGCAUCACCUGCCUGAUGGGUCUCAAGAUAAAAAGCGUAAACCUGGACGCGGAGAAGGAGAAUGAGCUAAAGCAAAAAAAACUGGAGUCGCAUCGUCAACGGUUGCUAAGCUUGUCAAAGAAAGAGCGGAAAAGGCGGAAGAAGCUCACUGAGGUUAAUAGAGAGCUGGAGGAGACCCGUGCUGAGGAGAACAAGCAGGACAAGCACCAGAAACUUACUGAGAUCAUCAAGAUGGUGUUUACCAUCUAUUUCCGCGUUCUAAAGAACGAUCCCACAUCGCGCGUGCUUAGCGCCAUUCUAGAGGGUUUGGCUGAAUUUGCGCAUGUCAUCAAUCUGGACUUUUUCGCCGAUCUAAUCGAUGUGCUCAACCGAAUUUUGGAAGAUCAAGACGAACUAGGUUAUCGAGAGCGUCUCCACUGCGUUCAGACCAUUUUUGUGAUUCUUUCUGGCCAGGGGGAGGUGCUUAACAUCGAUCCCAUCCGAUUCUAUCAGCAUUUUUAUCAGAAUAUGCUGGCCGUUCAGGCGGGAAAAAAUCACGAAGACUUCACCAUUAUUCUGCGAACCUUGGAUGAGGUGCUCGUGAAGCGACGUAGAAAUAUGAGCCAGCAGCGUCUAAUGGCCUUCGUGAAACGGUUACUCACUGGAAGUCUGCAUUUGCUUCAUAACGGCACCCUAGCAACCCUGGGUACCAUCAAACAGACCUUCCAGCUCACCUCUGUGCUUGACAAUCUAUUGGAUACGGAUACUACAAUAGGUUCAGGUCGCUACGACCCUGAAUUGCAAGAUCCCGAGUACUGUAAUGCAGCCAGCACGUCGCUUUAUGAGCUUGCCCUUUUGGCACGGCACUAUCAUCCUACGGUACGACGCAUGGCUGUUCACAUUGCUAACGGAGUGCCAGCCUCCGGCGAAGGAGCGCUGCCCACGGAGAUCGGCAAGCUAUCCUCCCAUGAUUUGUUCACGCAAUACGACAGCACACAGAUGGCUUUCAAUCCGACGAUACCACUUCCAAAAGCCGGACAACCGAAACUGAAAAGAGGCAAACAAUUGUAUAUACGAUCGGACUUUAAGCAGGAGUACGGAAAACUGCUACAAAACUCGAAAGUUCCGCACGCAAAUGAUAAGCGUGCAUUACAAGUUGAUUUUCUUAGUGCACUUCAAUAAAGGACAUAUUGGAGAUGAAAUUCAAACACAAA